GGCCAAUCUCCAACAGCAUCCAAAGCAGAUAUCCAGGAACGAACACCCAAGCCAAGAUCUCCGCAUUGCGCCCUAUUACUCUUUCCCCAUAGAAUCUCGACCGCAGCAACCAUGCUCACCGAACGGGAGCUUCAAAUAAGCCCCAUAGUGCACGAGUCCGUAGUCCACAACACCAAGACGCUCACAACUCUUCACAACCUAACAGCGUCGCUGUUUGGUGUCGGCGCCGGCAUUCUGGGCUUGGAAUCCUACCUGGGUUUCCUGUUCUAUCUCGCGUUCUCGCUGUUGACGAGCGCCCUCGUAUAUGUGUUCCGUGUGCUCCCAGGCAGUGCGAAAGACGGCGCGGGAACGAAGAGGUAUUUUAGGGGGAGCAUGGAGCUUUGGACGGGGGGGCUGGUAGAGGGGCUGAGUGGGUUCGUGUUGACGUGGACGUUGUUUUAUGGGCUGGUUAGGGCGUAGGGUGGUGGGAGGAUAAUGCUGGGUACGGAUUGUGAUGCAGUGGGGAGAGGAAGACCGGAGGAGGAAACAAGCGAUGCGGGAUAUUAUAUGGAGAAGGAUAUGGUUAUUACACAGGCUUUGCUUGGGAG